AUGCCUUCAAACACCGCAGCGAGCAUGUUUGGUGGAGCCGGAGGAAGGGGCUCCAGAGCAUCUGUGGCGAGUCUGGAGGGGCUGCGUAACGUGAUGCGCAACGACACGGAGACGGACUCUGCCCCCAAGACGUCCGUAGCUCCAGCAAAACCUGCAGCUCCCGCCAUUCCCGCCGCCCCUGCAGAUGACAAGCAGACACUGCGGGGUCUGAACGACCGGCUGUGCGGUUACCUGGGCAGGGUGAAGCAGCUGGAGAGGGAGAACAAGGAUCUGCAGGACCAGAUUGAUGAGAUUUUGGCCAAAAGGAAAACACCUGCAGCACGCGACUGGGAUGAAGUCGAGAAACCGCUGGAGGAGCUCAAGAAGAAGAUCAAAGACAUUGCCAUGGACAAUGCCAAGCUGCUGCUGCAGAUUGACAACACCAAACUGGCCAAUGAUGACUUCGAGAAUAAGCUGAAUGAUGAGAAAAAGGGACGGAAGGCGAUAGAAAAAGACCUGGAGGACAUGAAGAAGUCCAUCGAGGAUACUAAGCUGAGCCGCAAGCAGACCCAGAAGGAGAUCGACUUGGUGAAGGAGGAGCUGGCUCGCCUCGACCAGGAACACAAAGAUGAGGUGGAUGACCUGCGUGACAAGAUCAAGGACUCUGAAGUGAAUGUGGAGAUCGACUCACAGAACUCCAAUCAGGCCGAGAUUCUCAACAAGAUCCGCAACCAGUACGAGAAACUGGCCAAGAAGAACCUGAAGGAGACCGAGGACUGGUACAAAACCAAGUUUGAAAACAUCAAAGUGGAGGUGGCCCAAAAUUCUGAGGUCUUGCAGUCUGGAAAGGGUGAACUCCAGGAUCUGAUCAAACAGAAACAAUGUCUAGAAAUCAAGAUCCAGACUCUGCACAGCAUGAUCAGUAAUCUAGAAGAAACCAUGAGGAUGACCAAAAUGGAGUAUGGUCAGCGGCAGGCUCCAUUGAACAAGAUGAUCCUGAACCUGGAGGCGGAGCUCAGGGAGGUGAGGUCCCAGGUAGAGCAGCAGGGGGAUGUUAACCAGGACCUGCUGUGUGUCAAGAUGAAACUGGAGGCGGAAAUCAAUAACUACCAGCAACUGAUGCCCGCCAUGACCAACGAUGGUGACAGUGUGCUUAUCCUCUUCUUCCCCGACAGCUCGGAGUUUUCUUUAGAGGAUGGUCUGCACAGCGAUCAGCAAAAGCCUAAGAAGGUGCCCAAAAAGCAGGAAGAGGUAAAAGAAGGAGGCCUUGUGAAGCAGGAAAGCACCCCGUCUAAUAAAUCGACUCCCCCUGAAGCCCCUGCAGCAGAUAAGGAGCUCAUCAAGGCAGAAACAGCUGUUGACAACAAUAAAGCUGACCCGGUCAAGCCAAGCAGCGACCCUGCUAAAAAGAAGAAAUCUAAGACCAAAACUAAGAAGGAUGAUUAUCAGUGA